UUAGCAGCAUAUCCUACUAGCCAUCUCUUCUAUAUAUACCUGCCCAAACCGCUGCAGCGUUGCUCGCUCCAUCCGCUCCAUCCAUCUCCUGAAGCUUAAUCACCAGCUACUGAUCCCUCUCUCUUCGUUCUCUGUUGCUCGAUCUGCAUGCACGUGCGUGCGUGUUGUGAUAAUUAAUCAACUCAUGAGACCUUAAUCUCGGGAUAACCUAGGGUUCUUAGCUAGAAGAAUUGAAGCAACUGGCUCGCUGAUAAUAGAGAACUAGCUGAACCGACGAGGCGGCGGCGGCGGCGUUCUCGCGAUCGAUCACCAUGGAUAGCGGCGGCUGGAUCCACGGCUACGUCAACAACACCUCCGGCGGCGGCAACAACGGCUUCAUGUGCGGCUACGCUGCUGUCAGCAGCUGCACCCCUGCAGAGCUGCAGUACAGGGAGGAGGAGGAGGAGCAAUUUCUCAUCAGCUCGCAGAUUCAGCACCACCUGAACCAGAUCAGCAUGCGCAUGAACAUGGACGACGAAGCGUCGGUCUACGUGCCUUCCAGCAACGACGGAGGAGUUUCCCCCAUCGGCAUCCACAGCCCGAUCAUCGUCGACGGCCUCCUCGACCCGCACCACCACGCCGGCAGCUUCCCUUCCUCCUCCUCGUCCUCCUCGCUCUCGCUGCCCUCCGCGUCCCUCUCCUGCAGCCCCGAGAGCUCGUCGGCGCACGUCCUCGCCGCGCCGGCGGCUACGACUACCGCCUGCAGCAGCCAGUACCUGGAGGUGUCCUCCCAAGUGCCGUUACCGCCACCCGCGGUGCCCUACGGCGACCACCAGUACGCCAACCUCCACGUGCCGGCGCCGGCUCACCAUGACGUGGCGGCGGCAAUGGCGCCACCAGAGCUGCCGCCGGCCACCAACGCCGGUGGUGCGUUCAGGCGCUACGCGCGGCACCUCGGCCCGAAGAGGCCGCCCAAGCCCGGCGCGUGCGGCCAGAGGAUGUUCAAGACGGCCAUGGCGGUGCUGUCCAAGAUGCACGUGGCGGCGAGGUAUAACCAGCAGUACUACUACCAGCAGGCGGCGGCGGCCGCCGAGGCGGCGCCACCGCCGUCGGUAAACCAGCUGCAGCACAUGUUCUCGGAGCGCAAGCGGCGAGAGAAGCUCAACGACAGCUUCCACGCCCUCAAGACCGUCCUUCCACCCGGCGCCAAAAAGGACAAGACGUCGAUAUUGAUCAGGGCGAGGGAGUACGUGAGAUCCCUCGAGUCCAAGGUGUCCGAGCUCGAGGAGAAGAACAGAUCGCUCGAAUCGCGGCUGCUCCGUGGCGAAGGCAGCGGCCGCAAAGACGCCGGCAGCGGCGGCAACGACUGCUCCGGCGACGAGAAGGUGCAGGUCGAGAUAGCCAGGGCGACGAAAGAGGAGCGCGCGGCUGAGCCCUGUGCAGAUGAUCUCUGCACGCUGAAGAUCGUGGUGAGGUCGCCGUGCAACAUGACGGACAUGAUGCUCCGGACGCUGCAGUGCCUGAGAAACCAGAUCGGUGAUGGCGUCAGCCUGGUGGCAAUGAGCACGAGCGACAGCGCUACUGGAGUGAACACCUGUCCUCGACCUGUCCUGACGUUGCAGAUCAAGUCGCCGCCGGGCGCCCGGUGGGAGGAGCAGCCGGUCAAGGACGCCGUGGCGAAGGUCGUCGCCGAUGCGCUGACGACGACGACGACGACGCCGUCCGCGGCGGCGCAGUGAACGCCGUCAUGCCAACAGCAAGCCCAGCAGCUAGCGCCGACCCCGCGGCUUCGGCGAGGCUUCUGAUGAACCCAGCAUCAUGAUCAUUAGCAGCUAAUAAUCCGCUCGUGCAGAGACGACGGCCCAAGAGACCGCCGCGCCGCUAACGGAGAAGAAGACCCGUCCGUCGUCGAUCGGUGAGACGUGACACCUGACACCGACCCACCACUAGCUGUGUCGCCGGUCAAAGCGAAUCGAUCUCGAUCGCCGGCGAGUGUGGGAGCAGGAACUAGGGAGAGGAGAACCUGAUCGCGUCAAGAUUGGUGCGGAGCAGGUGCAGUGAAGAAGUGUCAACGAUAGGACAAUUCUACUUGCACCGUUCCACGAGGACCGCGACGUGGAUGUUGAUCCGUCGAUGAUGCCGACGCAUGCAUGAUUACGGAUCCAUGGGGAAAAAAAAAGCUAAGUACGGCUUGCACAGUUGUCAAUAGGAGUGUUAACGUCAUGUGAAGGUCUAGGAGCUUUCAACCGUUUGGACUUGUGAUUAGAGGGGAGUGGUGACUACUGUACUUACAAUAUCAACUACACAUGUAACUUUUUACCGGUAGGAAAUAUAAGCAGCCUCUCCCUCCCUCUUCUACACACGAUGUCCAUGUAAAGUCUAGAUUUUUUUUCCCCCGAAAUGGAUUGCAAAGUCUAGCUAGGAUAAAUUUCUAUAAAAACUAUAUUUACUCGCCGACGAUCAUGCAUGCAUGUUGAUGCAAA